UGACUAGGAGCCGGAAGUGCUGGCCGGAAAGUUCGAAAACAUGCCUGAGGGGAUCUGGCUGACCGCGCUCGGCGCGCUCUGUGCUGUCCUCGGGGUGCUGGGAGAGCCCGAGGAGCCCGGCCGCAAGGUUUCGCUGCACUACAACCCUGGCUUUCAUAAUACGUCGGUGAAUCUGUUGCACGUUCGCGCGGUGGAUAACAGUAGCACCAUUCAUUAUGUGUGGAGCACGAUCGGGGCCCCCACUGUCCUGCUCAUAUAUACCUCAAAUGCACAUAGUGAGCUGCACGUUAACUGGACCAAGCUCUUGUCCCCAUCCCCACACGGAGCCAUCAGCAUCGAACCGGCUGACAGCGUUCUAUACGCCACUGCUCUGCUCUUCAAUAGGAUCUUUGAGUAUUGGGACGUUAAUAACACUGCUGACUUCUCCGGGACAGAUGGGAAGUAUUUUUACCCCGCGUAUAACUUGUCUGACUUCCACUGGGAGAACACAAACGCAACGUUAAAUUCCUCCUCUCUGACGGCUAACCUAACGGGGCGCAGCAUCUCUGACCCAGCUGAGAGCUUUCAGAAUGGAAGUGUCACGUUCCGGGUAUCUGCUUAUGGUAGUUCCGGUCGGGAUCUGGCGUCCCCGCGUCUGCUCCAUAACGCCAAUUGCUCCAAGCUGGAGUUUCUGCUGUCAGGUGUCAAUCCCCGGGGUAAUAAUUCCCGUUUUGCCAUGGAGAUGGUGGCCCUGGAGAAGAAGGAUGGACGCAAAAAGAUAGAGUCUGUUCGUUCCAUCGACGAUGAGUACACCCCAACAGUUUUCGAGGUGGCACAACUCCUUCCAGACACUCCGAAUGCCAGCCACGCUCUGGGCUACCUCCAGUGGAAGUCUGUGGCUUACGGUUCUACUAAUGGCAAAAGGGAGGAAGCUCAUCCGUGCCGGUUCUAUACGUUGCGAGGUGUUAAUGGGACUCUGGAAGUUCCCAGUAUAGUGCACGCGUUCUUCGGAGAGGACCUGACCGAGCGAUAUAACGUAGAAGCCUUCAAUAUUUCGUUUGGGGUCGCAGAUGGAGACUUUUAUGUCAAACAUAAGUUUUUAAGCUGGUCGUCGCUGAUCGGAUACGGGACGCCUCCCAAGGACUCCUUCUCUACGCUAGUGAUUUGUAUCAUGGCGGUGGCGCUGGGGACUCCCCUGGGCUUGCUGAUCCUUGGCGCCAUCGUGGUGGCCACUCUGAAGAACAGAGUCUACUCUAAUUACGAGCCUAUUAAUUAACUGACUCGUUGGCCGCAGAGCUCGAGCCCACACUGGA